AAGAAAGUCAAGAAGCUUAGUAGAUGGCAAAGAAGAACCCAUAAACAUGAAAUAUAGAAGGGUUGGAACAUCCUAUUUUCAGCUGGCACCGGAUUUCCUAUGGGUUUCAUCUAAUAUACCGUCAUUAACAAUUUCAUUAUACGCAAGAACUAUAUUAAACCGUAGGCCAUGGAUAGUAUCAUGUAAUAGUAUUCGUCAAUAUUCUAUGGAAACGGUUAAAUCAACAUAUCAACGAGGAUCUAGUAUAUCAAGUCAAAGAUCGUCAAUUUAUGAACAAGUAUUAAGUAAAGAAAAGAAGGAAAAAGAGGAGAAGAACAUAGGGAAAGCAGUAUUAGAAGCAUGCAAAGAAGAGGUUGCAAAAGUGGAGGAAAAAAAGUUAGAAAUUAAGCCACAAACAAAUAAUAAAAGAAAAAUGAUAUGGCAAAAAAUAAAACAUGAAGCGCAACAUUAUUGGGAUGGUACUAAGCUUUUAGGAGCAGAGACGAAGAUAUCAUGGAAACUUGCAUUAAAAAUGGCGGCAGGACAUGAAUUAACUAGACGAGAACAUCGACAACUUAAACGUACGGUUAAAGAUUUAGUUCGACUUGUGCCAUUUUCAGCGUUUGUUUUGAUUCCUUUUGCAGAGUUUCUUCUUCCAGUGGCAUUAAAAUUAUUUCCUAAUAUGCUUCCAUCUACAUAUGAAGCAGAUAAAGAUAGGGAGAAAAGACAAGCAAGAUUAAGUGAUACACGAAAAAGUGUUUCUCAAUUUUUGAGAAUGACAUUACAAGAAAGUGGUUUGCCUUUUAGUACGACAACUAAACAACGAGAAGAAUUUACUGAAUUCUUUCGAAAAAUCCGAAAUGGAAAAGAACCACCAUCGCAAACGGAUGUUAUUAGUGUAUCCAAAUUAUUUAGAGACGAUGUAACAUUGGAUAACCUUUCACGUCCUCAAUUAGUUGCUAUCUGUCGUUAUAUGAAUCUAAACACAUUUGGAACAGAUCCUAUGCUUAGGUAUCAGAUUAGACAUAAAAUGCGUCAGAUUAAGUCGGACGAUAAAGCAAUUUGGUAUGAAGGUGUAGAAACACUUUCAGUACCGGAAUUACAAAUAGCUUGUGCCAAUAGAGGAAUUCGUACUCAUAGCGUAAGUCCAGCAAAAUUAAGAGAUGAAUUACAGCAAUGGCUUGAUUUACGUUUAAAACAUGGCGUUCCAAGCACUCUUUUAGUUUUAUCAAACGCAUUUAUGUAUGAUCAAGAUAAUCAAUCUGAUAGGCAUUAUAAUGCUUUAAUUGCUACAUUAUCGAGUUUGCCUGACGAAUUAUAUCAUGAAACGGAGUUAAACAUAAAAGAUAAAGAAGCAACAAAUAAGCAAAGACUCGAAGUUAUUAUGGAACAAGAGGAAUUAAUUGCUUCUGAAAGUCAGCAAAAUGAAAAAAAUGGAUCUGAAAAUGGAAUUAAAAAUAAUAAAAAUUUACAAGAAAAAAAUAUACAAAAACAGGAUAUAAAAGAAAAGUAAUCCCACAUAAUUAUAAUUUAAUAAAAAAAUUACUUAUUUAUAGAGC